GCAGCGUGGACAUGUCGGACCCGGCGGCGCAGGCCUUACAACCCCGGCUCCUCCAAGCCCAGUCGGCGGGCUCGGCGGGGGCCAGCACCGCCGCGACGGGCUCCGGGUCGGGCAACAGCGACCCGGCCAGACCCGGACUGAGCCAGCAGCAGCGUGCGAGCCAAAAGAAAGCCCAAGUCCGAGCUUUCCCACGGGCGAAGAAGCUGGAGAAACUUGGCGUCUUCUCCGCAUGCAAGGCCAGUGACACUUGCAAGUGUAACGGAUGGAAGAACCCAAAUCCUCCAUCAGCCACCCGGAUGGAUCUGCAGCAGCAGGCGGCCAGUCUGAGCGAGCCCUGCCGCAGCUGUGGACAUGCCCUGGCUGAUCAUGUGUCCCACCUGGAGAACGUGUCUGAGGAUGAGAUUAACCGGCUGCUGGGGAUGGUGGUGGACGUGGAGAACCUGUUCAUGUCUGUGCACAAAGAGGAGGACACUGACACCAAACAGGUGUACUUCUACCUGUUCAAGCUCCUGAGGAAAUGCAUCCUGCAGAUGAGCCAGCCGGUCGUGGAGGGAUCCCUCGGAAGUCCACCUUUUGAAAAGCCCAACAUCGAGCAGGGGGUUUUGAAUUUUGUCCAGUACAAGUUUAGCCACCUCGCACCAAAGGAAAGACAGACCAUGUUCGAACUGUCAAAGAUGUUCCUGUUGUGCCUAAAUUACUGGAAGCUCGAGACGCCGACGCAGUAUCGGCAACGCACCCAGAAAGACGACGGGACGGCUUACAAAGUGGACUACACCAGGUGGUUGUGCUACUGCCACGUCCCACAAAGCAACGACAGCCUGCCGCGCUAUGAAACCACUCAUGUGUUUGGCCGCAACCUGCUCAAGUCCAUCUUCACGGUGACCCGCCGGCAGCUGCUGGAGAAGUUCAGAGUGGAGAAGGAUAAACUGCUGCCAGAGAAACGCACUCUUAUCCUCACACACUUCCCGAAGUUCUUGUCGAUGCUGGAGGAGGAAAUUUACGGUGAGAAUUCACCCAUAUGGGAGGCCGACUUCACCAUGCCGGCCUCAGACGGCACCCAGCUGGGACAUCAGACAGGUGAGGCAGCUGGACGCAAAACCAGACAGGUGGAGGUGGAGACGACCACGA